UACGAUUUAGUUACUUGGCCUUGCUUUUUAUUUGACCCUGAAUAACAAGCCGGAAGCCUUGGCUCAAGCAGGUGAUGUAAGUGAGAGAUGUGAGUGAGCACCACGUUGGUUACUUAGGCCACACGUAGGACACUGUGGUCUGGCAAACAGUCAUGAACAACAGGCCACACUUUUGCAAUCGGGUGUCUGGGAAAUGGUCAUGGACAGGUGAUGGAAAUAGGAGCAGCUUUUGCCCAGGCUUUGGCGGGAAGCGCUGGCCGCUCCCCGGGGCCCCUUCCAUGUCUCCGCUGCCUGAAGAAAUUUUGGAAAGUUCUGGUGGCCCCUGAGCUCUGAAGUAUGCUUUCCCCUCCCGCCUCCUGGCUCCAACACUGGGCUUGGCCGUCAUUAAACUCAUUCCGGCUCAGCUUGGGGCUAAAAACCGCCUUCCUGUUCCAGCCCAUGAGGCUGCCCCAGGCCCUGAUCACUGGUCUCUAGCCUUAUAACCUCCUCUCUACUGUGCUGACACACACAAGGGGAGAUCAGCAGACGUGUGUGUGGACCGCCCUCGGUUGCCUAGGCUGCCGGUGAAUUCAGAGUCAUCCCCCUGCUUCAGUUUGCCGAGAGCUGGGAUUACAGGUGUACUUGGUCACCAUGAAGCCCCUGCACCCAGCCCUCCCUGGCUGCCUCCUCUUGGUGCUGUUUGGUAUAUGGAGGACGGUCCCCCAGACUCACGCCUCCUCCGCUGCCAUGCCAGCCCUCAGCGCCACCUCUUUCCUGGAAAAUCUCAUGAACCGCUAUGGGGAGAAUGACAGCCUUACCCUGCCACAGCUGAAGGCCUUGCUCAACCACCUGGAUGUGGGAGUAGGCCGGGAUAAUGCUACCCAGCCCAGGGAAGGACACAGGAACCUCUCCACGUGCUUUAGCUCGGGAGACCUCUUUGCUGCCCACAAUUUCAGUGAGCGGUCUCAGAUCGGGAUGAGUGAGUUUCGCGAGUUCUGCCCCACCAUUCUCCAGCAGUUGGAUUCCAGGGCUUGCACCUCAGAAAACCAGGAGAACGAGGAAAACGAGCAGACAGAGGAGGGGAAGCCUAGUGCCGUUGAAGUAUGGGGGUACGGUCUCCUCUGCGUUACCGUCAUCUCCCUCUGCUCCCUCAUGGGGGCCAGCGUGGUGCCCUUCAUGAAGAAGACUUUUUACAAGAGGCUGCUGCUCUACUUCAUAGCCUUGGCGAUUGGAACCCUCUACUCCAACGCCCUCUUCCAGCUCAUCCCCGAGGCUUUUGGUUUCAACCCUCAGGACAACUAUGUCUCCAAGUCUGCGGUGGUGUUUGGGGGCUUCUACCUUUUCUUUUUUACAGAGAAGAUCCUGAAGAUGCUCCUGAAGCAGAAAAAUGAGCACCAUCAUGGGCAUAACCAUUUUGCCUCUGAGACUCUUCCUUCCAAGAAGGACCAGGAGGAGGGUGUGACGGAGAAGCUCCAGAACGGGGACCUGGAUCACAUGAUCCCCCAGCACUGCAACAGUGACCUGGAUGGCAAGGCACCCGGCGUGGACGAGAAGGUCAUCGUAGGCUCGAUGUCUGUGCAGGACCUGCAGGCAUCCCAGAGUGCUUGCUACUGGCUCAAAGGGGUCCGGUACUCUGACAUUGGUACCCUGGCCUGGAUGAUCACCCUGAGCGACGGUCUCCACAAUUUCAUCGACGGCCUGGCUAUUGGCGCCUCCUUCACUGUGUCUGUUUUCCAAGGCAUCAGCACGUCGGUGGCCAUUCUCUGUGAGGAAUUCCCACACGAGCUGGGAGACUUCGUUAUCCUGCUCAAUGCUGGUAUGAGCAUCCAGCAGGCUCUCUUCUUCAACUUCCUUUCUGCUUGCUGCUGCUAUGUGGGGCUGGCCUUUGGCAUCCUGGCUGGAAGUCAUUUCUCUGCCAACUGGAUUUUUGCACUGGCUGGAGGAAUGUUCUUGUAUAUUGCUCUGGCUGAUAUGUUCCCAGAGAUGAACGAGGUCUGUCAAGAGGAUGAGAGGAAGAACAGCUUCCUGGUCCCCUUUGUCAUCCAGAAUCUUGGCCUCCUGACCGGCUUCUCCAUCAUGCUGGUCCUCACGAUGUACUCAGGGCAGAUUCAGAUUGGGUAGGACCCCGCCCCCCGGGGAGCCAGUGGCAUUUCGCAUCAGACUCUGGGCCUUACGUCCCCGGCCUGAGGACUCAGCAUCCAUGAAGCAUCAUGGAGGAGGCAGUUCUUUACACACUGGCACAGACUGCCUGCAUUCAGAUGUCAGCUGUUUCAAAAUAUCCUGUCCCAGGAAGAACCUGCCCCGGGAAUCUCUAGGUAGUGCCUCAAACCGUCUCCCCGACCCUUUCCAUGUGUGAUUCUGGAACUGAAAUGCCUCACGUAGGACACACCUCCCUUUUCCUUCUGGUCACCCUCGUCUAUCUCUUUCUCUCGGAGGAAGCACCGAGAGAUGUUGAAUCUUUUACAAUGUAAAGAUGAAGCCAAUGGUCAUGGUUUAGUUAGAAAUAUCAGGGUGGUUUCCAGCUUUGGGGGCCUGUGAUUCUGAAUGUGUGUACCCUGGACCUCAGGUCAGUCCAUCUUGACAUGGGUUCUCGAGUUUUUACAGAGAAAGGACAGAAGAUAAGAAUCCUGGUUUGUUUGGU